AACCUGUUUCCACAUGUCAGCCCCUGCAUUAUAUUGUGAAAGCCUGCCUGCUGCGCAAGCGGGAAAUGCUCCCUUGAUUACAGACUCGCCUGGGCAAAAUCUGAUAACAGUUCCAUUACCUAGUUGCAUGUAACCAUGAGGGUGUCUCGGAACUGAAGGGCCUAUAUUUGCCGUAAGUAUCAACACCACAGUUGGAACAUGGUUUCAUUUAGUUAUUCACCAAGCUUCUCCCACUACAGAGGCAAACUUUGGCAUGUAGCCCAACGUUCAGACAUGCUCAACUCAGCCGCGUUCAAUGCAGUACAUCACAGUCGAAGCUCUUCACGGCUAUGCUCAACAUUUUACAGGGCUCAACAGUAUACGUACAGCGCACAAACAGAGAAAGAAAAAGAGAGGUACUGGAACAUUAUUCCUGCGUGGAAGAAUGUGGAAUGCGAGGAGUUUGUUAGCUACAGGUUCCAGCUUCGAAAUACUGUUAAUCAUGCCAAACUCACCAAAUUUCUCAUCGACGUGCUGCCGGAUGCACUGGCAUCAUCAGACAACCCCCAAUUGCAGCAUAUCCGGACGAAGCAUGAUUUCAUUGAAGAUGCUAAUUCUGGAUUAGAGCUUGCACCCAUGGCUGUUAGACUCACGCCCCAUAUACUUUCUCGGAUCAACUGGGCAGCCCCCCUCGACGAUCCCAUUCGACGCCAGUUUCUCCCUCUGAAAAGCAGCAUACUCGAAGACCACAAGUCACUAACACUGGAUUCGCUCGACGAAGAAGCUGACUCGCCUGUCCCAGGCCUGGUGCAUAGAUACCCUGGCCGAGCGCUAUUUCUAGCGACAUCAAUCUGCCCAGUUUACUGUCGAUUCUGUACACGAUCGUACGCAGUGGGUGCGCCUACGGAAACCGUAUCUAAGUCGCCUCAAAAACCGUCUAGGAAGCGCUGGGAGACGGUUUUUCAACAUAUUGAGAAAGACCACUCUUUACGGGACAUUAUCAUUUCGGACGGCGACGCGUAUUACCUGUCGGCCGAGGAUCUCCGCGAGAUUGGUGAGCGUCUUCUUGGGAUCCCACACAUUCUACGUUUUCGUUUCGCUUCAAAAGGUCUAGCCGUGGCCCCCGGCCGUAUUCUGGAUCAAACCGACCCUUGGGCGAGCACACUAAUUGACCUUUCAAACCAGGGUCGGCGGAUAGGCAAGCAAGUGUGCCUGCAUACGCACAUAAAUCAUCCGAACGAGAUAACAUGGAUUACGCGAAGUGCAGCAAACCAUCUUUUUGCGAACGGUGUGAUCGUCCGAAACCAGUCUGUAUUGCUCAGAGGCGUCAACGAUGAUGUUGAGACUAUGGGAAACCUGAUCAGAUCGCUAUCUGAAAUAAAUAUCCAGCCUGUAAGUAACUCUUCGUUGCCAUGCCAUGUGCUCCCCAACUUCUUCACAACACCUCACUUAACGAAAAUUCAAAUACUUGCAAAUGUAGUAUUUUCCCUGAGCUGAUC